AGUUUGGCUCAAAUGGGCCAAGCACCUGAACGAUGACCUCGUUCACCAGCUUCCAUAUAAGAGUUUGUCUCCCUUAAGCUGUAGCUUCAGAAGGGUCCAAUGGACUAUUCUUCUGGCCUUGAUGGCGGUGUCGUCAGCGAAACACAUGAUUCACAGGAACCCAUCACACCAGCACGCAGAAGAUCGAGGCAUUCGGGCAUCGAUAGUUUCCUUGAAUUCCUCCUCCAUGAAGAGGAGAAAAAUGAAUUCAACCGAUAACCGGUCGGUGGAUAGUUUUCAUAUGCCAAGCUUGAUGCGACAGCUUGGCGUCAAUGAGGAAGAUGCUGAGAAUUGUCGAUUACAUUGCAAAACAUGCGCCGCGGAGAGCGGGCUUUGUAGCGUGUGUGACCACUCUAUGAGCUUAGAUCCUACGAGUGGCAAUUGCGUAGCAGUCUGUCCUUUGGGCUUCUUUUCCUCUAGAGGACCAUCUCGGACCUGUGUGUCCUGUGGUGGUAGUUGCAACAGAUGUCAAGAGGCUGCACAGUGCUUGGAGUGCAAACACUCCAUGUACUUGACGCCCAACAAUACCUGUGAGCUCGACUGUCCCAUUGGCUUCUACAAGCACGGGAUUGGAGCUAUUGGUCGGACAUGCUUACCAUGCUCGCCCAAUUGUAAUUCAUGCUCGGAUUGGUUUACCUGCGAUGAGUGCACUGUGGAUGCAUACAUUACGACCGAUGCUGCCUGCGAAACCACCUGUCCUGAUGGAUAUUAUGGUGAGGGCAAUGGAGUCAGCGGCGGCUUAUGUCGCGCUUGUGACCCCAAGUGCACCAAAUGCAGCGGGCCCCUUGUGUGCAAUGAAUGCAGGGGCUCUCGGUACUUGACACCUUUCUUCCAGUGUGAGACUAGCUGCCCUGUGGGGAGUUAUCCGCAUGGGGAAGGGAAGGUCGGCCGAGCUUGCCUGCCAUGCCCGCUGGGCUGUGCAUCAUGCACAAGUGAAGACACUUGCCUGGAGUGCACUGAUGAUUUCUUCCUUGCUGCAGAUCAGGUGUGCACCAAGUCUUGUCCAGAUGGCUUCUACGGUGCAGACAGUCGUGACUCUGUGUGCACCAGUUUCUUUGCCAAGCGCUACAAUCUCGGAACCUUCUCAGAAGCCGCUUCCGGCAUGACAGACACCGUCAUGAUGGUGAGUGAUACAAAUCCAGACAAAUGCUGCGCUGCGUGCGCCGCAGCAGAAGGAUGUGGUGGCUUUGAGAUUGUGGACGGCAAGUGUUACAUGAAAGGGGACCUCAGCAAGCUGACCAGGCAGGGCAGCCAGACCUACUACGAGAAGCUUCCACGAACACACCCGGUGUUCUCUGGAGCUACCCGUUUCUGCACGCCAUGCCCCAGCCACUGUAGCUCCUGCACUAUGGAUGGUCAAUGCACUGAGUGCUCUGCUUCGCGGAGUCUCAGCUUUCGAGCUCUUUGCAGCGCAGAAUGUCCGCCAGGCUAUUUCAAGAAUGGUACCAACGAAGUGGGCAACAUUUGCCCAGAAUGUAUCAGCGCAUGCAGCCAGUGCGAGAGUGAACAUGUUUGCACGGAAUGCCGAGAGUACAAGUUCCUGACACCCAACAGCACCUGCGAGGCUGACUGCCCUGAUGGAUACUGGCCCAACGGAACCAUGGAAGUUGGGGGACUUUGCUCCAGGUGCAGGGAGGAAUGCAUAAAGUGUACGUCCAACGACAUCUGCACCGAAUGCGCGCCCUUCCAUUUUCUGACGCCCGACAUGACGUGCUCAAAGACAUGUCCUGAUGGCUAUUACCCAGCCGGUGAUCCAUCAGAGUCAGGGGGACUAUGCACCAAGUGCGUGGAGCCUUGCUUGUUGUGCACAUCAGCUGAAAGGUGCUUGCGGUGUGGAUCCUUUGCUUUCCUUACACAGAACUUCACCUGCGAAGAUGAAUGCCCACGUGGUUUCUUCUCGAAUUAUCCGCACCAGGACGUGGAUCAAGCAGUAGGUCGCACGUGUCUCGCAUGCCGAUUCAAUGAAGAGAACUGCCAGAACGCCUUAGACCAGAAGGCCAAGCUGCGUCGGCAAGCUGCAUCCUUGGAGGAGGACAGCGAUGCGCCUCCGGAGGAAGAGUUCACCAUUCUUGCCAAGCAGUGCAAAAACGGGCGAUUCUUGACUCCAGAUUCAAGCUGUGUGGAGAGAGAGUACUGUUGGCCGCCUCAUAUCAAUCGCAGAUAUCCCAAAAUGGGGAUGGUCGACAAGAACCGUUCAGAAGAUGGCUUGAUUGGUGGGGAGUGUGCAGAAUGCCCUGAUGUUUGCAAUCAGUGCGAGCUCUUGGAGAAGUGCACCGAAUGCAGACACUCUUUGUACUUGACGCCAGAUGACCAGUGCAAAGCGACUUGUCCGGCAACGCACUAUCCGAACAAUCCGAAGGAGAAUGACAAAGAGGCUGACAGCAGCAUUGGUCGGGAAUGCGUCUUGUGUGAGGGCAAUUGCAGCACCUGUACCACGAAAACCGAGUGCACGCAAUGCAAAAACGGUGCCUUUCUGAGCCACAAAGGCGAGUGCAAUUUGGAGUGCCCCGAUGGGUACUACGAGGAGCGACCUGCAGGUGGCGGAGCGGUUGGUGGGACAUGCGUAGUUUGCCCUGGCGACUGCAACACGUGUGAGAACGCGGAAGUCUGCACAUCUUGCAAGAAUCGGGCACUACUCUACAAAAGCCAGUGCUUGAGGCAAUGCCCUAGAACGCAUUUUCCAAAGAUAUCCGGACACAUUGGAGGAGAGUGUCACGAAUGCAAGGGCCAUUGCAGCGAAUGCCAGACAGACGAUAAUUGCAUGCAGUGUAAGCCUGGUGCUUACCUGCAAGGCACAUCCAAGAAAUGGCUUGGCAGGAUAGCUCUUUCUCACAAAGGCUUGAAGAAAACAUGCGAGAAAUCAUGCCCGGUUGGCUUCUACCCGGCCAAGGGCAAGAAAACCAAUCAGUAUUGGAGCCGCGAAAGGGGAGUGACCGGUCUAUUUGGUGGCACCUGCGACCCGUGCCACAAAGACUGCUACGAGUGUGUGGAUGGAGAGACCUGCUUGAAGUGUUGGAACAGCAAGUACUUGACCGCGCAGAGCGAGUGCGUGGCGGCUUGCCCUGCGGGAACUUGGGGCAACGGAACUGAUGCUAUUGGCCGUACAUGUGAUUUGUGCUCGGCAAAUUGCUCAAGCUGCAUCUCUGACCAACAGUGCACUGAGUGCAAGAAUAGUCAAAUCCUUGGCCCGGACGGGACCUGCUCAGACGACUGCCCUGAUGGCUUCUAUGUGCACUCCAGCACAGAAGAUAACCCAACAAUCGGGAGCUUUUGCCUUGCUUGUCCAGAGAACUGUGCCAAAUGUGAUAGCCCAGAGCACUGCACAGAGUGCAAAUCUGCAACAUAUUUGACUUAUGACAACACUUGUGAUGAAAUUUGUCCAGAUGGCUAUUUUGGAGAUGGAACAGGGGAUACUGGGCGAAUCUGCAAGACGUGCUCUGAUGAUUGCAAUCGAUGUGCUGGCAAUAGUGUUUGCUUUGAGUGCAAGAACCAUAAGUUCCUUACACCAAGUGAUGCUUGCGACUCGGAGUGUCCAGAAGGCUACUAUCCUGACUUCUCGGGCGAAGCUCCUUCUGUCGGUGGCAUAUGCAUUCCUUGCCCAGACGGAUGUGCUUCUUGUGAUGGGCCUGACAGCUGCACAGUCUGUGCCGACAGCAAGUACUUGAAUAGCAAAUCCCGUAUUGAUCCAUCGAACACAUGCGUGGCAAAGUGCUCAGAUGGCAACUACGGCAAAACAGGGAACAAGGAUGGCACGUAUGGAACAUGCGAGCAAUGUCCUUCAGAGUGCGCCACGUGCGUGAGUGCGGACGAGUGCUUGAGCUGCAUUGACGGUUAUAAGUUUUCCAAAGGAGACAAGUCCUGCUCCAGUCCAUGCGACGCUGGCUCUUUCAAGAAUGACAAGGGCAAAUGUCAAAAGUGUGCAUCUGGCUGUGCUAUGUGCGUGAAUGCAUUCCUUUGCACAGAGUGCACAGAAAAUCUCUAUGUUACUGCAGACAUGACUUGUGAAGCAGACUGCCCACAUGGAUACUAUGGCGUUGGUGUAAAGGACAAGGGCAGGAAGUGUCAGAGAUGCAAGCCGCACUGCAGCAAAUGCGUAAGCGGAGACCAGUGCACGGAGUGCACCAACCGAAAGUACUUGACUCACUUGGAGACCUGUGAGAGUUUGUGUCCAACAGGGUACUAUCCAUACUCUCCCAAUGAGAGCUUGCCCACCGGCGGUAUUUGCUUUCCAUGUCCUCCAAGCUGUGUGGCGUGUGAAUCGCCAGACCGCUGUACGGUUUGCAAUAACAAUACCUACCUCACUGACGACUGGAAGUGCAGCGAAACGUGCCCUGUCCACUUUUAUGGAGAUGGAACCAGGGAUGUUGGCCGCACGUGCACGAAAUGUGAGGAGGACUGUGCCAAGUGCGUGAGUGAGGAUUUGUGCUUGGAAUGCAAAAACGGGAAGCUUCUCACACCACAGGGUGUAUGUAAGGCAAGAUGCCCUGCGGGGUACUAUCCUUCGACACCUGCCGGCGCGGUUGGAGUGGGUGGUGAGUGCUUACCAUGCGCAGACAAUUGUUGGAAAUGUACUGGCUCCCACACUUGCCAAGUUUGCAGUGAAGAUGCUUAUCUUACAAGCGAUUCGCUUUGUGUAGAGGAAUGCCCCGUUGGCUUUUAUGGUGUUGGCAGCGGUGCCUACAUGCGGACUUGCCAGCCAUGUGCGGAGCACUGCAGCCAGUGCAUCGGUGCGGAGAAUUGCACGGAGUGUGUCAGCGACAUGUUUCUGACUCCAUCUGAGACUUGUGGGAAGACUUGUCCGCAGGGUUUGUACCCGAGUCUGCAGCUGGGCAAAAGCUUUGGCACUUGUGAGCCCUGCAGCGCAAAUUGCAGCAGCUGCAUCACCCCCACGAUUUGCACCGGAUGCCAAAGUUAUCAAUACCUGAACCCGGACUCAACCUGUGGAGCAACCUGUGGCCGUGGCUAUUUCUAUGUCAUGCCAGAGAAUACAGGAGGAGUUGGGGGCUAUUGCCAGCCCUGUGGAAACCAUGCCAGCACCUGCAUUAACGAGACAGUGGCAACACUGUGCAAGGAUGAUACCUAUCAUUCCUCCUUCACCUACCAGUGUGACAAAACUUGUGGUGCUGGGGAGUAUCCGCUUGAGCCCAUAGAUGGCGUGGGGGGAGAGUGCCGCCAAUGCAACAGCAACUGCAGUUUGUGCACAUCAGCCACCAGCUGCACUCAGUGUCGACAAUACACCUUUCUCAACCCUGACGACUGGUGUAGAGACACGUGCCCAGAUGGAUACUACGCGGACAACGGCACAGAUGGCGUAGGUGGGCUGUGUAAGCUGUGUCCGCCGACAUGCAAUUUGUGCAACAGUGCAGAUUAUUGUACUGAGUGCAAGAGGUACACUUUUCGGACUCCAGACUUCAAGUGUGAAAGUGAAUGUCCAGACAACUACUGGGAGUUCGGAAUGGAUGUUAUUGGAGGCACUUGUGAGAUGUGUGCAGAGAACUGCAGCAAGUGCAUCAGUGACACGCAAUGCACAGAAUGCAACAACUCCAUGUUCUUGGAGCGAUCAGGUGAAUGCGUUGAGCAUUGUCCAGACGGUGACUUCAAUCUUGGAGCCGACCCUGAUGGCAGAACAUGUCAGAAGUGCCCUCCGCAGUUCAACCUAUGCAUCAAUGCAAGCUUUGCAUCAGAGUGCAAAAGCUCACUUUACCUCACCCCGAACGGAAAGUGCGAGGAGAGAUGCCCGUCAGGAUUUUACCCACGUGGCGAAAGUGAAAUCGGGCGCUUUUGCCCAAGGUGCGCCACAAAUUGCAGCCAGUGCGAUGAUGCGCGCACAUGCACAGUGUGUCAAAAUAGACAGUUUCUGACUCCAUGGAAUUGGUGUGAAGAAGAUUGCCCUGCCUCUUACUACAAGAGCGGAAAUGCCUCCAUCGGCAACACCUGCGAAAAGUGUGAAGCAUAUUGUCGCACAUGCACUGAUGAGCAUGAAUGCACAGAGUGCAGUGAUAACAAGUACCUCACACCAGGUCGAAAUUGCGAGGCGCUCUGUCCAGACAACUUCUUUGAGCUUGGCAGUGGCGAAACAGGACGGACCUGCCCGCCCUGCGAACGCAAUUGCCAUAAGUGCGAGUCAGCCACACUGUGCACAGAGUGCAACAACUCAAUGUACUUGGAUGCGGAUGGCAACUGUGUCCAAACAUGUCCUGAUGGUUUCUACCAUGAUGGUAUGGAAGACAGAGGGCGGACCUGCAAAGAAUGUGAUGCCUCCUGUUCAAAAUGCAGCAGCUGGGAUGUGUGCUUGGAGUGCGCUCAUUCGAUGUAUCUCACUCCGAACAGCACCUGCCAAGCCCAAUGUCCGGAUAGCUACUAUCACAAUGGUACUGGAGAUUUCGGCAGAUCCUGUCCCAUAUGUGCCGAGAAUUGCAGCCAGUGUACUGAUGCGAACACGUGCACAGAGUGCCGCAACUUUACAUACCUUGCACCGGAUGAUUGGUGUCAUAGUGACUGCCCUGUCGGCUACUAUGAGUAUGGCACAGAGUAUGUGGGCGGGCUGUGCAAUAAAUGCUCCGACAACUGUCAGGAAUGCACCAGCCAAUCAGUAUGUUUGGUGUGUGGCGAUGAGAAGUACUUGGAUCCGACGAGCUCCACUUGCAAGACACUAUGUCCUGAUGGCUACUUUGCAAAUGCUGGCGAUAACCUGGUCAUUGGCCGCACAUGUGAGAGGUGCCCAUCCACAUGCAAUACUUGCGACUCCGCAUCUGAUUGCCGAGAGUGCAAGGACUCCACGGUUCUUACUCCAAGCAACACGUGCGAAGAGUUUUGUCCGCCUUCGUUCUAUCCCAAUGUCACAGGUGACAUUGGUGGUAUAUGUUUACGUUGCGCAGACAACUGCAAUGCAUGCGAUGACAAAGAGGUUUGUGCACAGUGCAAGAUGCAUCUCCACCUCACGCCAUUUGGAAACUGCAGUGCGAGCUGUCCAACUGGUUACUAUGCAAAGCCUGGACACGGUGGACUCGGCGGCGCUUGUCCGUUGUGCUCAGAGAAUUGCAGCCAGUGCACAAGUGCAGAUGUUUGCACAGAGUGCAGGAACUCAACAUUCCUAACACCGAUGUCAACAUGCGCAGCUGUCUGCCCGCCUGGCUACUACUCGCACCCAGAUGGAGAAAUCGGAGGUACUUGCAAUCGCUGCGCAGCUGGCUGCAAUGUGUGUGACAGUCCGGAGGUUUGCACGCAGUGCAAGAAUCACACCUUCUUGCAGCCAGAUGGCACGUGCGCCGAGGCUUGCCCAGUCGGCUAUUACAUGCAGGAGGGAGCAGGUGGAAUUGGUGGCACGUGUCCGCUCUGCGCAGAGAAUUGCAGUCAAUGUACUGGUGCAGCUGAGUGCACCGAGUGCCGAAACAGCACUCACCUGACGCCAUAUGGCUGGUGCGCAGAAGAGUGCCCCGACGGCUCCUAUGAGAUGGGCAGCGCUUCCAUAGGUCGCACCUGUCCGCUGUGCCCGCCAAGCUGCAACACCUGCGAGUCUGACACCUACUGCACAGAGUGCAAGAACUCUACCUACCUGCUGGAGAAUAAGUGCGAAGCGAGUUGCCCCACUGGUCUCUUUGCAAAGCGCUCCGGCUCCGGAGAUGUGGGAGGUGUGUGCGAGAAGUGUUCAGACACAUGCGUGGAAUGCAUUAGCGAUGGUGUUUGCACAAAAUGCACUGCACAGCACUUCCUCUCACCAAGCGGGGACUGUGCAGACGAAUGCCCUUAUGGGCACUUUAAAGAGAAAGGUGAAGGAUUUGUUGGUGGUACAUGCCCGAUGUGUCCCGAAAAUUGUGCCACUUGCGACAGCCGGGAGAAGUGUACAUCCUGCAGAGGGGGAACCCUCAUGACGUCCUACCAUCAAUGCAGAUCUUAUUGUCCAGCAGGCUACUAUGGGCUGUUUGGAACCUGCUAUGAAUGCCCGGGCAGUUGCAACCUGUGCUCAUCCCCGGAGGAAUGCACAGAAUGCAAGGAUGGGGCAUACUUGACACCAACAGGCACCUGCGAGCAAGAGUGUCCAACAGGCUAUCACGAGCGUGGAGAGGCGCUGAUUGGAAGAUAUUGCACUACCUGUCCUUGGACUUGCCUCGAUUGCAUCAGUGAUGAUGAGUGCACAAUGUGCAAGAAUCACUCCUUCCUCACCCCCCACAAGAUGUGUGAUUUCACAUGCCCCGAUCACUUCUACAAGGACGGCGACCAGGAGAUUGGCAACGAGUGCAAAAUAUGUCUAGGCGACGCCAGCAAGUGCAUUUCCGCAGACUACAGCAGUGAGUGCAAAAACGGCAUGUACUUGACACCCAGUGCGAGCUGCGACGAUGUGUGUCCAAAGGGCUACUACCCUUCUGGCAUAGAUCUUGUCGGCCGAAGCUGCGCCCUUUGUGCAGAGAAUUGCAGUGCCUGCACUGAUGCCACAGUGUGCACUGAAUGCAAGAACAGCAAGUACUUGACCGCUGCAAAAUGGUGCCAAGCUGAUUGCCCAGCUGGCUUCUAUGGCAAAGGGGAUGGCCUCGUCGGCCGUGAAUGCAUUCAAUGUGAUCACAAGUGCAACUUGUGCACAGCCGCAGAUGUAUGUGUUGAAUGCAAGAAUCAUGCCUUCCUUACUCCAGACUCAAAGUGCGAGGAAGCAUGCCCAGAUGGCUACUGGGCCAAGCCAGGUGUGCGAGGGAUUGGAGGAAUGUGCGAGCCCUGCCCAUCUACCUGUUUCAAGUGCUUGUCUCCCUUGCAGUGCACAGUUUGCAAGGACCAGUACUAUUUGGAAGAUGAGCAAUGCAUUGCGACCUGCCCCGAUGGGGAAUAUCAUGUUGGAGACACCAACAUUGGCCGCGUUUGUGAGCCUUGCCCCUCCAAAUGCAAGAGCUGUGUCAGUCCAGAGGUGUGCACAGAGUGCGAGGAUUCCACGUUUCUCAAUCCUGAUUCAACUUGUCAGUCCACUUGCCCAGAUGGAUUCUACAACAAUUUUGUCGGCGAAACUGGGAGCAAUUGCCCAGCUUGCCACGAAAAUUGCAACCUCUGCCUGAAUGCCACGUACUGCACAGAAUGCAGAAACAGUACCUACUUGACGCCGAGUGGAACAUGCGAAGCGAAAUGCCCUGAUGGCUACUAUGGGGAUGGUGAUGAUGCUGUGGGCAGAAUAUGCAAGCCAUGUGCUGAAACAUGCAACAAGUGCCUCUCAGAAACACAUUGCACUGAAUGCCGUCUUUCCACUUACUUGAACCCUGUAACACACUUCUGCGAUUUAUCCUGUCCUGCGGGGUAUUACAACGAUGGGACAGCUGCCAUUGGUCGCACUUGCCCGCCAUGCGUUGAGCACUGCGGGAAGUGUGAAUCAAGAGACUGGUGUACUGAAUGCAAGAACUUCAAGUACAUGACAGCAAAGCGCACAUGCGAGGAUUCGUGUGGUGAUGGAUUGUACAAGCAAGGAACGUCUGCAACAGGAAACACUUGCCAAUCCUGUUCCAAGGACUGCAGUAAAUGUUCAAGCCUGGAGCUCUGCACCGAGUGUGCCAAUUCCACAUACUUAACUUCAACUCAUCAUUGCGCUGGAGAGUGCUCAACAGGCUUUCUGGAGACCGGAGACAUGAUCAAGGGCCGGACAUGCGAGGCUCUGUGCUUUUGGUGUGAUUAGUAAGUUGCAACACCCGAUGCUCGAUGCUCAA